ACCGUACUCACUCAAGUCUCCCUUGAACCUCCAUUCUUUCCUUGAGUUUCCGAACGCGCUGUCCUCAGCCACAGUUAUGUCAUAGCUCAGCCACGGUGCCCAGCCCGAGAGAAGCGCAGUCUAACCGUCACCGGCUCUCGAAUUACCUUAAGUUACUUAGUCGAACUAGUGACGGUGCUGAACAAAAGGAACUCCUCCCCCCACUUCUUCCCUUUUCCACCACUCUGCUCUCCUGAAGACUCUCCGACCGUGUCAAUUCCCUUGUUUACCAUCUCAGUCCAGUACUGAACGACCUCCACCCCUCCAUUCUAUCCAAACCGGCUCCUUCCGCGGGGUUGCGCUACCUGCGGCAAAUCAGAGAUGAGUUUGAAAGGCUUUCAGAAGAGCAUUGUUCGCGCACCGCAACAGUUCAAGGCCCGGUUCAACAUUGGUGAAAACACCAAGGACCCGGUCUAUCAGGAUGCGGAGCGCAGAUUUCAGGAACUCGAGAAGGAAACAAAAAAGCUCCACGAUGAGUCGAAGAAGUAUUUCGACGCCAUCAAUGGCAUGCUGAACCAUCAAAUCGGCUUUUCCAAGGCGAUGACGGAAUUAUACAAACCUAUCUCCGGCCGUGCAUCAGACCCCAGUACCUACACUAUUGAGGGCAAUCCGGAAGGAAUUAGGGCAUGCGAGGAAUACGAGGCAAUCGUGCGCGACCUGCAGGAGUCCCUCGUGCCCGAGCUGGAGAUGAUUGAGACCCGCGUCAUCAGUCCUGCGGAACAAUUAUUGGAAGUGAUCAAGGUCAUUCGCAAGGUGGCUGUGAAACGGGACCACAAGAAAUUGGACUACGAUCGCCACAACAACUCGCUCAAGAAACUACAGGACAAGAAGGACAAGUCGCUCAAGGAUGAGAAAGCUCUCUACAAGGCCGAAAACGACGUGGAGCAGGCCACGCAGGAAUACAACUACUACAACGACCUGCUCAAGGAGGAGCUACCCAAACUCUUUGCGCUCGAAGCCGAGUUCAUCCGCCCGCUCUUCCAAUCCUUCUACUACAUGCAACUGAACGUCUUCUACACCCUCCACGAACGAAUGCAGAGUAUUAACAUCGGCUACUUCAACCUGCAGCUGGACAUCGAGGAGGCGUUCGAGGCGAAGCGCGGUGACGUCAAGGAGCAGGCGGAGGCGCUCACGAUUGUGCACUUCAAGGCCACGGGAGGACGCCGGCCAGGGUCAAAGUUUGGACCCAAGGACAAGCUGUCCCAGGAGAACAAGGGUGGCUAUCCGUCACGACACAAGGACCCCGAUGUGGUCGAGAACCCACCACCACCAUACACUGCGGGCGCGGCCGGCAGCAGUUACACGGCUGCGGCCAAGAGCAAGCCCGCCCCGCCGCCCCCCAAGCCCAAACCCGCCCAGUUUAGCGCGCCCGUCGAGACUGUCACCGCACUCUACGAUUACGAGGCGCAGGCGCACGGGGACCUCAGCUUUUCUGCAGGCGAGGUCAUCGAGAUUAUCCACCGAACCGACAACCAGAACGAAUGGUGGACCGGACGUGUCAGCGGCAGGGAGGGACAAUUUCCAGGUAAGAUACAAUCCGCCGGCCAAACUCAAAUCCGCUUCAAAGCAAGCAAUCACUAACAGUCUUUUCAGCAAACUACGUCCAACUCAACUAGCAUAACUAUAUAAUAUUUUCUGCGAACCAUUACAUUUGCCCAAUGCCUUUUACUUUGGACUAUCUGGAGUUUGA